AUGAAACUACUUGGUGCAUUCAAGGAGCUGGGGUUCACACCAACAAAGUCGGAUACUUCUCUCUUUAAGAGAAUCACUACAAAGUCAAGAGUCUAUGCCCUUGUAUAUGUUGAUGAUAUCAUCACAGGUGAUUCAGCUAGUGAAAUUAACAAUGUGAUAAGUUUGCUUAAUGAUAGAUUUGCACUAAAGGACUUGGGAAAGAUUCACUAUUUCCUAGAAAUUCAGGUCACUAGAACAAAUGAUGGUGGUCUCUUGCUCUCUCAAGGAAAGUAUCUCAAUGAUGUGCUUCAAAAAGGAGGGAUGCAAGGCUGUAAAUCCCAAGCUACUCCUCUACCCUCUACUCUAAAGCUCACAGCAAAGGGUGGUAGUACGUUUGAGGACCCAAAACUCUAUAGAAGUGUAGUUGGUAGCCUCCAAUAUCUCACAGUUAUAAGGCCAGAGAUUGCUUACUGUGUCAAUCGAACUGUUGUGGCCCAUUCUAGUACAGAGGCCGAGUAUCGUUCAAUAGCAGUGGCUAUCACUGAUAUAAUGUGGAUUCAAAAUCUUCUAACCGAGCUUGCAUGUCCUUUAUCAACAAUUCCUCAAGUGUAUUGUGAUAACCUCAAUGCAAUUUUAUUGGUAGCAAAUCCGAUUCUGCACUCAAAGUUGAAGCACUUUAAGCUAGAUUUGCAUUUUAUACAAGAUUAUGUUGAGAAGAAGUCUAUUCAUGUACCUGAACGUCUUCUAUCAUCAAAACUGUAUAAGAAAUUUGGACAAGUGCAGGCCUACCAUGCUUUUGACGUGAAUUUGUUUUGGUGGCCAUUUGUCCGGCUGGGACAUCAAUUCGAAUUGGAGUAUUUUCAGCUGUUCACAUUGCCUUGA